AUGACGAACCCGUAUUCAUCCCCGCUCCCGGUCUGGCACCAGGUGGGGCUCCGUUCAUCCCCGCUCCCGGUCUGGCACCAGGUGGGGCUCCGCCCAUCCCCGCUCCCGGUCUGGCACCGGGUGGGGCUCCGCCCAUCCCUGGGCGCGGUGGCGCUGCACCCAUGGAUCUGGGUGCAGGGCCUCCAAGCCCGGAGCCGACGCCACUUUUUGCAGGGACUGGUCCCGCACUGCUACGCACAGGAUUCCCCGCGGCAGAAGCACCCGAAGGCCGGACGGGUCCUGCUGCGCCGUUCGCGGGCCCAGCAGAGGGUCGGGAAGGGUUCACGGUGCGAACAGGAGCCCUGGAACUCAUUUCUCUUGAAGCCUUACGAAGUGUAUGCCUGCUCGCUUUUAGCCAAACUAAGUUAG